CCGCCGGGAUGAGCGGCAGCGGCGCGGCGCCCGGUCCGGGCUCGGGCUCCUCCCCGGCCGCCUGCCGCUUUGCGCACUACUUCGUGCUGUGCGGGAUCGACGCGGACAGCGGGCUGGAGCCUGACGAGCUGGCGGUUUUGUACCAAUGGCUAGAAGCAGAUCGUCAUGGCAAGAGCCAAGAUGCUGCAAAUACGACUUCAGGUGAAAAUUUUGACCAGAGUCCUUUGAGAAGAACAUUCAAAUCCAAAGUUCUGGCCCACUAUCCUCAGAAUAUAGAAUGGAAUCCUUUUGAUCAAGAUGCAGUAAACAUGCUGUGCAUGCCUAAAGGGCUAUCUUUCAGAACACAAAAUGACAAUAAAGACCCUCAGUUCCACUCAUUUAUAAUCACUCGGGAAGAUGGUUCUCGUACCUACGGUUUUGUUCUCACUUUUUAUGAAGAAGUUACAAGUAAGCAAAUCUGCACAGCAAUGCAGACGCUUUACCAGAUGCACAACGCGGAGCAUUACAGCAGUGUGUACGCCUCUUCCUCCUGCAGCAUGGACUCACUGGCGAGCAGCAUUGACGAGGGAGAUACAACGUCCCUUUUGAAACUCCAGCGCUACAACUCCUAUGACAUCAGCAGAGACACCCUGUAUGUUUCCAAAAGCAUAUGUUUGAUCACACCACUGCCUUUCAUGCAGGCCUGCAAGAAAUUCCUUAUCCAGCUUUACAAGGCAGUUACCUCCCAGCAGCCACCACCCUUGCCGCUCGAGAGCUACAUCCACAAUAUUCUCUAUGAGGUGCCCCUUCCACCUCCAGGGAGAUCACUGAAAUUUUAUGGUGUUUAUGAACCCGUCAUCUGCCAGAGGCCGGGACCCAGCGAGCUCCCCCUCUCUGAUUACCCUCUCCGAGAGGCCUUCGAGCUCCUGGGGCUGGAGAACCUGGUGCAGGUGUUUACCUGUGUUCUCUUAGAGAUGCAGAUCCUUCUCUACUCACAAGAUUAUCAACGCUUGAUGACUGUGGCGGAAGGCAUCACCACACUUCUGUUCCCAUUUCAGUGGCAGCAUGUUUACGUGCCCAUCCUCCCUGCUUCUCUGCUACAUUUUCUUGAUGCUCCUGUCCCUUAUCUGAUGGGCCUUCAGUCAAAAGAAGGAACUGACCGUUCUAAGCUAGAACUUCCUCAAGAGGCUAAUUUGUGUUUUGUGGAUAUCGACAACCAUUUCAUUGAGUUGCCUGAAGAAUUUCCACAGUUCCCCAAUAAAGUGGAUUUUAUCCAGGAACUCUCUGAAGUUCUUCUUCAAUUUGGAAUCCCUCCUGAGGGCAGCUUACAUUGCAGUGAAAGCACCACCAAACUGAAGAACCUGGUUCUGAAAGACUUGGUCAAUGACAAGAAGAAUGGCAAUGUCUCUGCUAAUAACAUCAGUAUGUAUGAGUUACUGAAGGGCAAUGAAACCAUAGCCCGCCUCCAAGCCCUGGCCAAGCGGACUGGUGUGACCGUGGAAAAAAUGGACCUCUCUGCCUCUCUGAGUGACAAAGAAAAGGACUUAAAACUGCAGUGUGAAGAGGCAGAACUGAGGGACUACCAGCUCAAUGUGCAGCUCCGAGAGGUCUUUGCUAACCGCUUUACACAGAUGUUUGCCGAUUAUGAAGCCUUUGUGAUUCAGACCGCCCAGGACAUGGAAUCGUGGCUGACCAACCGGGAACAGAUGCAGAACUUUGACAAAGCAUCCUUUCUGUCUGACCAGCCCGAGCCUUACCUGCCAUUCCUUUCACGCUUCAUUGAAACACAGAUGUUUGCCACCUUUAUUGAUAAUAAAAUUAUGUCUCAGUGGGAAGAGAAAGAUCCUUUGCUUCGAGUCUUUGACUCUCGGAUUGAGAAGAUAAGACUGUAUAAUGUAAGGGCUCCCACCUUGAGGACAUCUAUCUAUCAGAAAUGCAGCACUUUAAAAGAAGCAGGUGAACUCUUUAGGCAGAGGCUAAAUGCUGCUGAUAUUGUGGCACCAGAACCUCAUGAUUUCUGUGCAGAAAGACCAGUUGAUACGCAAUCAAUUGAGCAGCGACUGAUGAAAAUGGAUCACACUGCAAUCCACCCACAUCUGCUUGAUAUGAAAAUUGGUCAAGGCAAAUACGAGCAAGGAUUCUUUCCAAAGCUACAGUCUGAUGUCUUGGCAACAGGACCAACGAAUAACAAUCGCUGGGUGAGUCGCAGUGCCACUGCACAGCGCAGGAAAGACCGCCUUCGCCAACAUUCCGAACACGUUGGGCUGGACAGCGACUUGAGGGAGCCUUCGGGGGAACUUGUGGUCUGUCAGAACUCCAUGGCAUUCUGGGAGUGGGAUCAGGGUCUACCUCCUCCUGCACGACUUCCUAAAAAAUCCUUCUCUGAGCGCUGCCUGAAAUACAUGCAAGAGGCCCGAAGUUUAGGAAAAAACCUGAGGCAACCCAAAUUGUCAGACCUCUCCCCCGCAGUGAUCGCACAGACCAACUGGAAAUUCGUAGAAGGCUUAUUAAAAGAAUGUAGAAUGAAGACGAAACGUAUGUUGGUGGAGAAGAUGGGACAUGAAGCAGUGGAACUGGGCCACGGAGAAGCAAAUAUAACUGGCUUGGAGGAGAACACCCUGAUUGCCAGCCUCUGUGACCUGCUGGAAAGGAUAUGGAGCCACGGCUUGCAGGUCAAGCAGGGGAAGUCAGCUUUGUGGUCACAUUUAAUUCAGUUUCAGGACAGAGAAGAGAAACAAGAGCACCUUGCAGAAUCACCAGUUGCCCUUGGACCAGAAAGAAGAAAAUCUGACUCAGGAGUUAUGUUGCCAACACUCAGGGUGUCUCUCAUCCAAGACAUGAGGCAUAUUCAAAACAUGAGUGAGAUCAAGACUGAUGUCGGCCGAGCUCGAGCAUGGAUAAGAUUGUCUCUAGAAAAGAAGCUUUUGUCCCAGCAUCUCAAGCAGUUGCUGUCAAACCAGCUGCUCACAAAGAAGCUUUAUAAACGUUAUGCUUUUCUGCGUUGUGAAGAAGAAAGAGAGCAGUUUCUUUACCAUCUUCUUUCCCUCAAUGCUGUGGACUAUUUCUGCUUCACCAGUGUGUUCACCACUAUCAUGAUUCCAUAUAGGGCAGUGAUCAUUCCCAUCAAAAAGCUGAGCAAUGCGAUCAUCACAUCGAACCCUUGGAUCUGUGUAUCGGGAGAACUAGGAGACACAGGAGUAAUGCAGAUUCCCAAAAACCUCCUCGAAAUGACUUUUGAAUGCCAGAACCUGGGGAAGCUGACUACUGUUCAAAUUGGUCACGACAACUCAGGACUGUUAGCCAAAUGGCUAGUUGAUUGUGUCAUGGUCAGAAAUGAAAUCACAGGGCACACAUACAGGUUUCCAUGUGGGCGGUGGCUGGGGAAAGGCAUUGAUGAUGGAAGCCUGGAGAGAAUUCUCAUUGGAGAAUUGAUGACAUCAGCAGCAGAUGAGGAUCUAGUAAAGCAGUGUCGGACUCCACCCCAGCAGAAAUCACCCACCAUGGCCAGGAGACUAAGCAUCACUUCACUGACAGGAAAAAGUACCAAACCCAAUGCUGGACAGAUCCAAGAAGGAAUUGGAGAAGCUGUGAACAAUAUUGUGAAACAUUUUCACAAACCUGAAAAAGAGAGAGGAAGCCUCACCGUGUUGCUCUGUGGAGAGAGUGGCUUAGUGGCAGCACUUGAGCAAGUUUUCCACCAUGGCUUCAAAUCUGCUCGCAUUUUUCACAAGAACGUUUUCAUCUGGGACUUCAUAGAGAAAGCAGUUGCUUAUUUUGAAACCACUGACCAGAUUCUAGACAAUGAAGAUGACGUCCUCAUUCAGAAAUCAUCCUGCAAAACCUUCUGCCACUAUGUAAAUGCUAUUAAUACCGCACCCAGGAACAUUGGGAAGGAUGGCAAAUUCCAGAUUUUAGUUUGCCUUGGAACACGGGAUCGCCUGCUCCCACAGUGGAUUCCGCUGUUAGCCGAGUGUCCUGCUAUCACCCGAAUGUAUGAGGAGAGCGCCCUCCUGCGAGACCGCAUGACCGUCAACUCCCUCAUCCGCAUUUUGCAAACCAUCCAGGACUUCACCAUAGUCUUAGAAGGAUCACUCAUCAAAGGAGUGGAUGUGUAACCCAAUUAGCUAGAAACUCAGUCCAGACCCCUUGUUCCUGAACCUUCCCCAGCAGUGGGGACCGAUGCGGACUUGUCUGAUGAGGUAGGGAGCCACUAGGGGGCAGCACACCAUAUCCCCCAAUAUGAACAAUCCUCAUGCUGCAGACAAGGUUAAAUGCUGUAUUGUAGUUCAUUUGAACCUGGAAUUUAGUAUAAAAUAGAGUAUUUUCAUGUGUUA